UGUUAAACAAUUAUUAUAUUGACUUAAAAAAAAAAAAAAAAAAUUUCUCGUUAGGGCUUCUUCUCUUCUCUCAUUCUAAUUUUGCAGACCCAUCGGACCUCUCCGGGUCCUCGUCGGAGCUCCAUUUCCAAUCAAGUCUUCAACUACUCUUUCUCUCGUUCUCUGUAAGAUAAAAGAAUCGAACUUCUUAGAAUUAUGGUGAAAUCGGCUAAGUCUCACCUCGACGAAGAAGAUGAACCUGACGGUUAUGACUCCUCUUCUUACAGAGGGGAAGUAACGAAAGUAGAUGGUAGAGGAAACGAACAGAAGGCGAAUACGCAUAGGUCUAAGCAUUCAGAGACAGAGCAGCGUAGGAGGAGCAAGAUUAAUGAGAGGUUCCAGAUUUUGAGAGAUCUCAUACCUCAAAAUGAUCAGAAAAGGGAUAAAGCUUCAUUCUUGUUAGAGGUUAUAGAGUAUAUUCAGUUUUUACAGGAAAAGUUACAGAUGUAUGAAGGGCCAUACCAAGGUUGGAGUCAGGAGCCAACUAAAUUGACACCCUGGAAAAAUCACCAUCCUCCUGUAGAAGCUCUAUUGGAUCAUCCUCAAGGAUUGAAGAAUGGUUCUGCUCAUGAGAAUACUGCAAUACUCACAAAUGUACAUAACUCAAUUGAUUCUGACCUAGGCGCCACUGCAGUGCCUUUCAAUGUGCAAGUGCACUCGAAUAUGUUUGUUGUUGGGAAGAGCGGUGUAACUACUCAGCCUGUGCAGGAAUCUGUUUCUGAUGCUGAGAAUAUGGAAUUCCAACUUCAACCCCAACAAUGGCAUGGCCGACCAUGUGCUACUGAGUGUGAUGCCCCAAACAAUACGGUGAAUGGACAAGAGGAGCCAAUGGGUGAAACUGGAUCAGAUAGCAUCUCAAGUACAUAUUCUCAAGGGAUAUUGGAUACUCUGACCCAAGCACUGCAAUCUUCUGGUGUGGAUUUGUCUCAGACAAACAUAUCAGUGCAAAUUGAUGUUGGUAAACAAGGCAGUAAUAUUGUGGCAUCAAAUUCAAAGGAUCAAGAAAACCCAUUUUUGAACAAUCAAGCGCUGGAAGACUCUAAUCGGGCUCGUAAGAGAUCAAGAAGAGAAAAAAACUAGUAUUCUGGUUUCAUUUUCACCUUAUGAUUCCUUCAUUUGGUUCCAAUUUUGGAAAUGGCGAUGUUCUUUUUCGUUAUGCUAUGGUUCACAGACAACUGACUCCAGAUCAAUUGUAAAUGUUUAUGCUCUUUGAUUUGCCUGGUUGUGUGGAUGCAAUCUCCUUGGUUGGGCAGAAGAAAAAAAAAAAAUAGAAAUUGAAAGUGUUAUUUAUUUAUUUGCUGGCAGCUCUCAUAUAGAGGCUUCCAUGCACAUAAUGAGAAGCUGCUUUAUAUCCUCCAA